AUUGUCAAACAUAACUUAGUUUCGGCAUCAGCAGCUGUCUGUCCCACCCUCUCUUCCCCGUAGCAUUAUGUCCGAGGGAGGCACCCCCUGUCGGAUUAACACACCAUGUCGUCCACGUAGAGGCGAGUGGAUUUUGCAGGGCUGGGAUAGGGGCAGGCAAUAUGGACGGCAGAUCGACAGUAGCCUGUUUACUUGGGCUCGGGAGCUUUUUCCUUUCUCUUUCUCUUUCCUUUUCCUUGUUCCAUUUUCUCCUUUCGGCGAACGGUGGGUUGGCCGGCGGGCUUGUACGGUUUCGGGUUCAGGACAAGCAAGGACAGGUUUUAGGUAGGCAUUCCAUCUUUCAGCGCGUUUGUCUAUACGCGGAGAAAAAAAGGGUUUCACACACUAUGUACUGUGCCCUGCUCCCGUGUGCUCGAGUAGACCCUGUGAUGUGCCGUGGUUGUUUGGUAAUACGACCAUUAAUCCCGUACAAGGUCGUGGGUUGCGUGUUCGGCUGCUUUCUUUGUUCGCGACGACAGUUGUUUUGGGUAUUUCCUGAAACAUUUAGCCCGGUAUCCAACAGAAUAUCAUCUUCUCAAAAUUUCAUCAGAGGCCAUACUGUUUCUUGUUCUGGUAAUUGUUUGAUAUUUAUUUUGCAACGUUUAACAGCUCGGCCUCCCACGUUUGUCCCCCUUUUUUUGUGAUGAUAUACAAUUAUAGCGUUACAUGUAGCCCCCUUGCUGUGUCACCUCCAACAAGCCCCCCCCCGCGGGCCGCGUGAUGGGACGAGUGGAUGGAUGGCGGCGAUGUACGCGUUUCUUGCUUGAUGGGCAAACAAAUUCCCGCUGUCGGCGGCCUAUCCUCUCUCUCCCCUUGGCGUGGGAGGGAUGGUAUAUUGGCUCGUCCCUCCGUCCCCCGUAAGCGUAGGCAGUCUUGCUCACUAGCUUCCUC